AUGGAAGAGGCUGAGGCUUCUGAAUGGCAGGAGAUGGUGCCUGCUCCCCCUCCACCAGAUGUGGAGACUGGUGGCAGCAGCAGUUCCUGCGCACCGGCUCCGCUGGACGUCGGGGAGGCCGAAACACCCCUGCGCCAUCUUCUCCAGUGGCUGCGGGACGAGGCGUUCAUCGAAGUUGUUGCGGAGUGGUCCUGGGACGUGUGCAUGGAGUUUCCCCGUGAUGGAAGUCUUCUGACACAGAUCGAGCAUCCUCUGAGAUACACAGAG